CUUAGGGUUUUCAGGAAACAUGGAAGAGACUAAGAGAGUUGGAGCUGGAGCUGAAGGACUAUUGUGACCUCUGGGCGCUCUUUGAGAGGAAAGGGGAGGUAACAGGAUGCCACUGGAAUCGUCUUCCUCAUCAAUGCCACCAUCCUUCCCUUCUGUGUUGCCUUCAGUGCCAGACGAUACUGCCAGUUCCUCCCCUCCUCCGAUGUCUUAUAUCACUUCCCAGGAGAUGAAGUGUAUUCUUCACUGGUCAGGUCCCCAGCGGGAACGUUUUCUACAAGACCUGGUAGCUAAGGCAGUGCCUGGAAGGCUACAGCCACUGCUGGAUGGUCUGGAGCAGCUCAGCGUAUCUGGGGCAAACCGGCCACCUUGUAUCUUCGAGUGUCAACUACGUCUUUGGGAUCAGUGGUUUCGAGGUUGGGCUGAGCAGGAGCGCAAUGAAUUUGUCAGACAGCUGGAGGUCAGUGAGGCAGAUUUUGUGGCAAAGUUUUACAAAGCAGUGGCUGCCACUGCUGGUAAAGACUGA